AUGGAGGUUUCCAAGGGAGAUGUAAGUGUUUUGCAUAUACAUAUCUGCCUAUAUGUAUAUUUGCGUAGACAGGACGUGUCUUCAGCGAAACAAGUUGAGAGCGCGUCUCGGCAGCGCAAAUCAAAGCAUUGACCAAUCUACGCAUCGCAGCUUGGCCAGUGCGUCUCGUAUAGCAAACAUAUACUGUAAUAUUGUUGCAGAUGAAAAACGCAGGUGAGUUGGUGAGGUGUCGACUCUGACGCUAACUUCGGAAGCUCCCGCGUCGCUUAGUAAAGACGCAUUGUGAUUGGCUCACGCUGACCACUUCUUCUCCACCCAUCUACUCGGAGAGACCUCUACCAAAGACCAAGACCAACGCUCAGUCUCGUGGACCCAUCCAUGAGGUGCGGUACAACAAUGCACAUGCGGAGCUGGCAUGUUCCACCCGCACGAAUCUGGUCCCGGAUAUUGUGUCAGAACUCACUCAGAACCCUCCCACACUCCCGUCUAUUCGCAUGGAUAGACAGGGCGUACUGGAGAGCUAUGCCAACUACAUGACUCCUGUUCUCCACGAUUUGCAGUCGUUUGAGUCUCACUCCUGGUCAUCCAAAAGAUUAUACGUUCAGCUGUCGACAGAAUUGUCCACCUGGGCCAUCGUCGUCCAAGAUAUGGGCGUGAAGACCGCAACAGACCUCACCUACACCAACGGCUUAACCCAGGCCGCUGGCGGUCUAAUCGGAGGCCUGAUCGUGUACCAAAUCCAAGGCUCCAAGUGA